AACACUGCAAGUGUCUACUCCAAGACCUAGGACUUCCGUUUCGGUCCAGCCGGGCUGCGGCCAUUGUUUGUGUGGACUGAGUGUUUUGGCCAUCACGGUCCACUCUCACAGGCUCCGUUAAGUGACGUGAACUCUUGGGAGGACUGAGCCAGAAGCGGACAGGGCAAGACGAGCUGUGUUUGAAGGAAGAGGGGCAGAAAAUCGAGGGUCACGGACUGAAAAGCGACUCCGGUUUAGAAACCCCGGAGACACCGGUGUAGGUGGGUACAUCACGGCUUCUCUCCCACGUUAAGACUGAACAAAGGAACCUACCUGUGAUCAGCAAGGAAGGAUUGGGUUGGCAAAGGCUCAUGCCCCCAUUUUACAGAAAGCCUGAUCUUUGACCAGAUGGCAGUAACGUUUGACGAUGUCACUAUUAUUUUUACUUUGGAAGAGUGGAAAUUCCUGGAUUCUUCUCAAAAAAGGCUCUACAGGGAGGUCAUGUGGGAGAACUACACAAAUGUCAUGUCAGUAGAAAACUGGAAUGAGAGCUACAAAUCCCAAGAAGAAAAAUUCAGAUACUUAGAAUAUGAAAAUUUUUCCUGCUGGCAAGGCUGGUGGAAUGCUGGUGCUCAGAUGUGUGAGAAUCAGAACUAUGGGGAAACUGUUCAAGGGAAAGAUUCCAAAGACCUAACACAGCAAGAUCGCUCCCAGUGUCAGAAAUGGUUAAUACUUUCCACACAAGUACCAGGGUGUGGGAACUAUGAACUGACUUUUGAAAGCAAAAAUCGCAGGAACUUAAAAUAUAAAAAUUUUAUACCUUGGCAGUCCUUAGAAACAAAAACCACCCAAGACUAUGGUAGAGAAAUCUACAUGAGUGGUUCACAUGGUUUUCAAGGGGGCAGAUACCAUCUUGGCAUAUCCAGGAAAAACCUCUCCAUGGAAAAAGAACAGAAGCUCAUAGUUCAGCAUUCUUAUAUCCCAGUGGAGGAAGACCUUCCACAGUACAUUGGGGUGAUAUGUCAGAAAGACCUACUGAAAGAUUCAAUGGAAGAAAACUACUGUGGAUGUAAUAAAUGUAAAGAAAUUUAUUGUUGGAACUCACGGUGUAUUUUCCACAAGAGAAAUCAACCUAGAGAAAACCUCUGUCAAUGUUCCAUCCAUAAAGCAUGCUUCUCUCAGAUAUCAGCCUUGUAUAGACAUCCAAGAAUCCACAUAGGUAAGAAGCUGUAUGGAUGUGAUGAAGUUGACAGUAACUUGCAUCAGAGCUCAGGAGUUCACUUUCAUCAGAGAGUUCACAUAGGGGAGGUACCUUACAGCUGUAAUGCAUAUGGUAAGAGCUUCAGCCGGAUCUCUAGUCUUCACAAUCAUCAAAGCGUUCACACAGAAGAGAAAUUCUAUAAAAUUGAGUGUGAUAAAGACCUCAGUAGGAAUUCAUUACUUCACAUUCACCAGAGACUUCACAUAGGAGAGAAGCCUUUUAAGUGCAAUCAGUGUGGUAAGAGUUUUAAUCGGAGUUCAGUACUUCAUGUUCAUCAGAGAGUCCACACAGGAGAAAAACCAUAUAAGUGUGAUGAGUGUGGUAAGGGCUUCAGCCAGAGCUCAAAUCUUCGAAUUCAUCAGUUAGUACACACAGGAGAGAAGUCUUAUAAAUGUGAAGACUGUGGUAAGGGCUUUACCCAACGCUCAAAUCUUCAAAUUCAUCAGAGAGUGCAUACAGGAGAGAAACCUUAUAAAUGUGAUGACUGUGGGAAGGACUUUAGUCACAGCUCAGAUCUUCGCAUUCAUCAGAGAGUCCAUACAGGGGAGAAACCCUAUACUUGUCCUGAAUGUGGGAAGAGCUUCAGUAAGAGUUCAAAGCUUCACACUCAUCAAAGAGUACAUACUGGAGAGAAACCCUACAAAUGUGAAGAGUGUGGCAAGGGAUUCAGUCAGCGUUCACAUCUUCUCAUUCAUCACAGAGUCCAUACAGGAGAAAAGCCCUAUAAAUGUGAUGAUUGUGGAAAGGGUUUUAGUCACAGUUCUAAUCUUCACAUUCAUCAGAGGGUCCAUACAGGAGAGAAACCUUACCAAUGUGCUAAGUGUGGUAAAGGUUUCAGUCAUAGCUCAGCUCUUCGAAUUCAUCAAAAAGUCCACGCAGGAGAGAAACCUUAUAAAUGCCAUGAAUAUUAUAAGGGAUUUGAUCGUAAUUCACAUCUUCACAAUAAUCAUAGAAGAAGAAACUUAUAAAUAUUGUUCAUUUAGUUAACAGCUUCAAUCAAAGUUUACCUAACCUUUAAACCCUAAAGUGCUGCUGAUAAGGAAAUCUUAUAAAUAACACAAGUAAUCCUAAGCAACAUUUAUAGUUUUCCCUGUCUCCCACUAAGAAUUAUUUGCUUCAAAAGGAGAUCUUUAGAAAAAUCCCUAUAUAUUUAAAAUUAUUGUGUAUUUUUCUUUACCUACUAUAAAUAUAAUGCAGUCAUAAAAUAUAUUAAACAUUUAAGGAGAAAACUUCAUUCUGUUUCAUUCUAGUCUUUUUUUCUGUGCAUUUUAGUGUGCGUGAAAUUAUAUUGUGUGUUCAACUUUGUAUUUUCACUGACUUCAAAACACUUAAAUUUUGGUUUGAAUUGAAACUGGCUGGCCAUCUGUUAAACAACAUCUCUUAACUCCCCUAAAAAGUCCCUAGGAAGUAACAGAAAAGAUGGAAACACACAGAACUUAAAACUCAGUUUUGGCCAGUAGAAUUCAGUUGUUUAUGGACAAAAGCCACCUAAUAAAAGAUAGGAAAGCAUUGUACGACCUUGUAUCUGAGACAGUGUUCACUGAGUUUUUAUCUCUGUCAACCAGAAAACCCAGGGACUGUCCUUCUGUUGCAGGGGUGCUUCACUUUGAGGUGACCACAGUGCACUCUUAUCCCUUCCCUUUCCUGGUUUUCCACGCUUAAUAAUAGGUUCAGAUACCAAAUAACAAGAAGUACAGAAUUUUCUCUAAGUAAGGUGUGAAGGGUAUGGACAAAAGUGCUAGAAAUGGAAGAUACUCUAUUGGUUUGGAAUUGGAGAUCCAAGCAGUAGAAUUUUAUUUAAUCUCAGUAGAACGGAGUGGUAAUAGAGAAAUAUCUGCAAGGACAGCAUUGAACUCAGAACUCUGUGCAACGAUGAACCCUAAAGCUAAUUAUGUAAGAAGAGAGUUUGGCCAUUAGGUUAGAAUAAAGUUAGUAGGAAUACACAGUCCUAAUUAUUGAUAUACAAGUAAGUAAUACCGAGAGAAAAAAAAAAAAAAAAAAAA